CAGAGAAAGGGAGGUGGGGGUGUGGAAGGAGGAGGCGGCACGGGUGCUGUUUCUCCAGUCUCUUUCCCUGUCUUUGUCUCACACACUCUUUUGUUAGCCAUGCCUAGCCUGCUGGUUCUAGCAGGGAUCAUGGAGAAAAAUGGGGGCUUCGGCGGGGAUCUGGCCGGCUCCGGCUUCGGCGGCGAGGGCCUCCUCGUGCCGCCAGACGAGGAGGAGGACGACUCCCGCGCCCUCAGGGUCGCGCUGGGCCAGCUGUCGCUGCUGGGGCUCGGGGAAGGCGAGGACGGCGGCGGAGCCAACAACAGGAGUGCAGGACCGGAGCAACAACAACAACAACAACCACCACCACCACAACCACACGAACAGCGGCGGGGACGCGGCCAUCCUGCAGGGGAGAGCAAGUUGUGCGCCCUGUACGAGAGCGGCUCCGGCGGCGAGACGAAGGGACGAGGCUGCAACAUCACGGAAUGCGUCCCGGUGCCGAGCUCCGAACAUGUGGCCGAGAUAGUGGGGAGACAAGGCUGCAAGAUCAAAGCCUUACGGGCCAAGACUAACACUUACAUCAAGACGCCAGUCCGGGGGGAGGAGCCUGUCUUCCUAAUAACGGGCCGGAAAGAGGACGUGGCCCUGGCCCGCAGAGAGAUCAUCUCAGCUGCUGAACAUUUCUCCAUGCUCCGGGCGUCCCGAAACAAGCUGGGAGUGUCCUUCAGCGGCUCCCCGCCCACGCCGCUACCGGGUCAGACCACCAUUCAGGUGAGAGUGCCAUACCGGGUGGUGGGGCUGGUGGUGGGCCCCAAAGGCUCCACCAUCAAGCGCAUCCAGCAGCAGACCUGCACCUACAUCGUUACCCCCAGCCGGGACCGCGACCCCGUCUUUGAAAUCACUGGGUCGCCUAGCAACGCGGAGCGGGCCCGCGAGGAGAUCGAGGCCCACAUCGCCUUCCGAACGGGGGGCCUGCACGACCACAACAAUGAGAACGACUGUCUGGGGCCGAACGGCGGGAGCAGCCCGGGGGGCGGUGGCGGGCUGGAGAGCCGGCUGCAGCAGGUGUGGGGGAUGCAGGGGGGUCAGCGCAAACCCCUGACCAGCAACUACCGCCAGAACUUCUCAGAUGCCAUGGUUGGAGGCGGGGGCGGAGGCGAGAGCGGGGGAGUCUACAGCAAGGGCAGCUUCUCCAGCCCCGGGGAGAAAACCUGCUCCUACUUCGGAUCCGAGGGCACGCAGAGCUGGGGCGACCCCGACUACCCCAAACAGGUGGCCUUCUACGCCCAGCAGCGCUCCAAGAGCUUCGGCGGUCUCCCGCUGCCCCUGACCAGACUCUCCCCCGGCCUGCCCGAGCCCACCAACGGCUCCUCGGUCAGCAGCGUGGUGUCCGGUUCACCUCACGCCCAGGCCCGCCGCGCCCACAGCGAGCCCACCUCGGCGGGCGAGGGCUUCCCCGGCCGGAUCCCGCUGCCGGACUCGCCCCCGGCCGGCGUACGGGACUGCAUGACCUGCUUCGAGAGCAAGGUCACGGCCGCCCUGGUGCCCUGCGGCCACAACCUGUUCUGCAUGGAGUGCGCCAUCCGAAUCUGCGAGCUGAACCACCCCGAGUGCCCGGUGUGCCACACCCAGGUCACUCAGGCCAUCCGGAUAUUCUCCUAAGGAACCGCCCCCGUUUUUACUCUCAGUUUGUCAGUGUUUCUCCAGCGAUGAGUUCUUAUGAUUAUUACUAUUCUACACCUUUGUUUUCAGAAAAUUUUAAACCGACCAAGCAGAUAUUUUAGAAGGCCCUGCUUGCUUUACUAAAAAGUCUAAGAAAUAUUUUUAAGUUUUCCUUUUUUAUAUAUAUAUACAUAUAUAUGCAUAUAUAUUUUAUAAAAAUUUUGUUUAUAAGAGAAGUAUAGUACCUUGCUUUUUGAGUUUUUUGACUGCUGCUGUUUUUCAUUCAUGAAUCACAGAGUGGACACACAAGUAAUGUGAACCUUUUUACGAUCCCAUCUUUUGCUUUCCUACCAAGUGGGUUGAUGCUGAAGCUGGAGGACGCUUGUUGGACUGACUGACCCAGAAGGACAAAAAAAAAAGAAAGAAGCACCUUACAAUCAUCUCGGCGUAAAACAGGAUUGAAUUGUGGCGCGGUUCUGGACUCUGACGUUGCUGUGAAGCAAACAAAAGGCUGAAUGAGGGUCGUUGAGAGCCGGCGGGGGUCAAACGCCGCCUUCCUGCCGCGGCCUCGGUAGGUCCCGGCGUCUUCGGCAUUGAUUUCACUUGUGAGGUCAAGAAGGCCCUGGAGCUGGUCCAGCUGGCCCGUCCUCGGUGGCACCGCUCAUUGUCCCGCCCGGUCACUUGGCCACAAAGCGUGUGUGUGUGGGGGGGUGCCACCCCGCCGCAAUUAGCAAAGCUGUACAGGAGCAGGUGUUUUGCGGCGCACGUUGAACCCCCCCACAAGCCGGCUGGCUCUCUUCUCUUCCACCCCGCUAUUUUGGGGGGGGGGCUUUGUCUGAGCCCGGUAGUGGCGUGGGGGUGGGGUGGGGGGGUGCAGAGCUCCGACACGGCCUGGAUCCACUCAUUUACAAUUAGGCAAAUGGGUCGGUCCAGGUGCGGACCGCCUAUGUAUGUGUGUGUGAAGGGGGGGGGGGGGUGCAGCUGGGCAAGCAGGACCCCCCCCCCCCCUUCUUUACUCCAUGCCUCCCCCACUUUCUCCUUUUCUAGCAAACUAGGGGAAAAGGGGUGUGUUUGGGGGGG